AUGCAGGCUUUGUGGUCGAGGGCCGGCCAGGUCCAUCGCUGCGGAUGUCGCGCCUGCGAAUCCGUCGUGAGCUCUCUCGGCCGGAGAGUGACAACCGCGGCUCGACCACGAAAAGUCACCUUUGCCGAUAUCUUCACAGCAUGCUACAGCUCCAUGUUUGCGACUGCCGCCAUCGUCGAUGCCGUACGAAAGGAGGACCGAAGGCAGGAGUUGGACCGGCAAUUGGAGGAGACGAGGCGUGAAUUGGCACAGCUGCAACUCCGGAACCUCGAAGCAAGCCAGACGACGAAUGGCAUUGACUCCGCCCAGAAUGAAGUGACUCUACACCAGAUGGAUCAAUUGUGGGGGGCCAUCAAGAGUCUAUACACAAACCGACCAUAUAUGAAGGAGAUUUACAAACCUACUACCAUCCGAAUCGACGAAUUCUUAAACCGAGUACAUGCUGAGGAAUACGAGUGCCCCGACCAAGCAACGAUGGAUGCUCUUAGGCGUACGGACUACGAUCACCUUGAGCAAGUCAUUAUCCGCGAAGAAACAGAUGUCAGCAUCCGUCAAAGAACUCCGUUAAAUACCAAACAGCUCCAUAACGCCGGACGCACACUCAGCCAUCUCGUUCAACAAUUACUCAAACGUGCCAAUGCCCAUGACAAGUCCAAUCUACCAAGCCCCAGCUUCGACGAGGCCAUGCAACUGGCAAAUGACAGGACUUCUUUCAGAUAUCUUGUGGAGAAUGAUCCUGAGAGGGUGAUAAAGAACCGGGUCGAUCUGAACUCUGAUCUUCGCAAAGUCGUGGGUUCAGCACUGAGCCUCAAGGAGAAGGUGGGCAGGGUGUGUUAUAAUCUGCUUGUAUCUGCAUAUCCAGCCGAUAUGCACACGUACAAUACCUUGAUCGUUGCUUUUGAUAAGCAUGGUUACAAGUAUCUAUCAGAGCCAGUGGUCAACUCCUUCUACUACUACCGCCGACUGAGACCAACUCCAUCUACGUUUGUCGCCAUCUUGAAUCACUACAAGAAUUCAGGCAACCAUGGUCGCUUCUUGCGCAGUCUUGCAAGUCUCGCUGGUCUCGAUGGCGAGACAGGUGCCAAACUGAGACGAAGACUGGCGGAUGAAACAUACGAUGGAGCAGUUGAUGAAAGGCGCAAGAGCUACAAGGUUCAGACAUGGACCCAGACGGGCGACUAUUUCUGGGAGCAUGCGCCGCUGGACAAGCCUCUCAUUGAGGCUGCUAUUCAAGGCCUUUUACAUAUGAAGCUCUUUGAUCAGGCUGCGGGGUUCUUCGUGACGUGCAUGAAGGCCAAGGUUGCUCUUAGCACGCAUGUGAUCAGACAGUUGUUUGAUGAGUGCAUAGUGGCUCUUGACUGGAGAUCUGCCGUGCGCCUCAUCCAAGGUUUCACCAACUGUUCAGUUACAUGGCCUUCAAUGCUUCUCGGAAGAGAUCAGGACACUUCUUACCUGAUCAGCCGAGUACGGGUUCUUCUCGACCUUGCUGGUCUUCGAGAUGCAAGCGGCGAAGUGCCCACAUCGACUCUCGACAAUUUGUCUAUAUCACGUUACGAUUUCUGCAAGUUCCUGAGUGAUCUGGCGAGCGCAGACUUGACAUCUCAAAUCGAUAUGCAAGGGUCAAGUGCACAGACUCGGGAUUCGGCUUCAGACCCUGUCAGCGCUUCAAAAAGAAGGCUACUCCAGAUCGAAGCACUUUGGAAAGAGCAAGACUUGGUUGGAAAGACAACACGCUCCAUCGAGAGCAAGCUACUCUAUCCUGAAUUUUCACCUGAGUUCCGUAUGUCAAUGGCCUUCCACAUUGGAAACGCCGCGGCGGAUCAAACAGUGGAGUUGGAUGGGGAAAUCAUGGAAGUUAUGUCACAGCUUCCUCUUUCAGAACGUGUGGAGAGAGGUAUUACGGAAUGCAGGUCCUUUCAAGAUUCGAAUAAUAGCCGCGCUGAGAGCGGAAAUAUCGUUGAGGAGGAGCAAGAAUUAAGGCGAGAUACAUCAGAUGAGCAAGGUAAGGAACAAGCCGGGAGGUUUUUACGAGAUGAGGAGCUGGAUAUAAUCUCGGCUCAAAAGGCGAUACCGGUUAAGCGGAUGAAUGCAAAUGCAGCAGAGCGCACUUUGAGAGCAAGACCAAUGCGGCUAACGGCAUGGCCUGUGACUGAGCAGCAAGUGGGAUAUUUGCAGAGGGCGAGUUUUGGGUAG